UACUGGAUGCUGAGUAAGGCAGGUGAAAUUCGCCGUGAUGAAGCCUGUCUUGAUUAUGCGGGACAUGAUGUUAUGCUGUAUCCUUGCCAUGGCUCCAAAGGAAAUCAGUUCUGGACAUUCAACAAUGAAACAAAACAAAUCCGCCACGGCUCAUCGGACAAGUGUUUGGCGAUUAAUGAAAAACGUGAUAAAAUCGUUAUGGAAGAGUGUAAUGGUGGCCAGCUGCGUCAACAGUGGCGUUUGGAAAAUUACGACCCAUCGAAAUUGUGAGGUUACUUUUUUGGGAAUGGUACCCAAUUUAUACCAACCUCACUGAUGCAGCAGCACAAUAGUAACUAUGGCCAAUGGAAAUAGCAAAAAUUGAAAAC